UUCAUUCGUGUCACAACAUUCAAAGCGUGUAGACGUCUUCCGUUAAGUGCUCAACGCGUGUGUUUAAUAUAUUCACAUUUGUUAAACUGGGCUUACACACAUACAGACAACCAAACAGCAAGCAGUGAGAGAGCGCGCGCGCACACUCACACACACAGAGAGCAAAGGCGAGAAAACCAGCUUAGAGCGAGCCGACAAGUGUGUUGUCUUGCAAACAGCAUCCGCGCUGUGCCGUGUAACAAAAAGAGUCAAAGCUACCUGCCUGCUUUUUUUGGUGUUGUCUGCUGUGAGAAGCUUUAACGUAGAGCGCAACGUCAAAUAGUUUAAGACGCUGCUGCAGUUGUCGUCGUCGUUUCUCUCUCUAAACAGCUCGUUGGGUGUGGUGCAAAAAAAUAAUAAUACAUUUGCUUGAAUAAAGAAAAUAGAAUGUGGCGUUUAAAAAUGUUGUUGAUUAAUAAGCUGCUUUACGCGUUUCUGCUUGUCCUGGCACUAUCUUCAGCUGUACAGGCGCAGAGAACACCAACAAUUUCGUACAUCACACAGGAGCAGAUUAAGGACAUUGGCGGCACCGUUGAAUUCGAUUGCUCCGUUCAAUAUGCCAAGGAGUAUAAUGUACUAUUCCUGAAGACAGACUCUGAUCCCGUCUUCUUAUCGACGGGUUCGACGCUUGUCAUCAAAGAUUCGCGUUUUUCACUGCGCUACGAUCCGAAUUCUUCCACCUACAAGCUGCAGAUUAAGGACAUUCAGGAGACAGACGCGGGCACUUACACCUGUCAGGUUGUGAUCUCCACGGUGCACAAGGUGAGCGCCAAUGUUAAGUUAUCGGUGCGUCGACCGCCCGUCAUCUCCGAUAACUCCACGCAAUCGAUUGUGGCCAGCGAGGGGAGCGAGGUACAAAUGGAGUGCUAUGCCAGUGGUUACCCAACACCGACCAUCACAUGGCGACGCGAAAACAAUGCCAUUCUGCCAACGGAUAGCGCCACCUAUGUUGGUAAUAUACUGCGCAUCAAAUCGGUAAAGAAGGAGGAUCGUGGCACAUACUACUGUGUGGCUGAUAAUGGCGUUAGCAAGGGAGAUCGUCGUAAUAUCAAUGUGGAGGUGGAAUUUGCACCUGUUAUCACCGUGCCACGCCCACGUUUGGGACAGGCGUUGCAGUAUGACAUGGAUCUGGAGUGUCACAUUGAAGCGUAUCCACCGCCAGCGAUUGUGUGGACCAAGGAUGAUAUACAAUUGGCCAAUAAUCAGCAUUAUAUUGUGUCGCAUUUCGCAACUGCCGAUGAAUAUACCGAUUCCACGUUGCGUGUGAUUACAAUUGAGAAGCGUCAAUAUGGAGAUUAUGUGUGCAAGGCCACAAAUCGAUUUGGCGAUGCCGAGGCUCGGGUCAAUCUCUUCGAGACAAUUGUGCCCGUCUGUCCGCCAGCCUGUGGACAGGCGUAUUAUGGCGGUGCCGUGCAAGCCGUUGCCUCUGCCUCCUCCUUCGCUCUGCUCGGCAUUUUGCUAGCUCUGAUGUUUGCCAGAUAAGCCAAAAAACCCACCGUGACAAAGCUCCAUAAUCCACAACCAUAUCUAAUCCACAAACUCAAAAAAUAAUACAAAAAACACACACAUCAAUCAGCUCUCGAAUAUA